AUGUUGAAAACUUACGACGAGUUAAAGAAAUGGAUAGUGAUGAUGAGCAUGGUUGCCGCGGUGGCGGCUGAGCCUCAAGUUCCUUGUCUCUUUAUAUUCGGCGACUCACUGCUCGACAACGGCAACAAUAACAAUCUGAAUACCAUUGCCCAUGUUAACUUCAAGCCCUACGGUAUCGAUUUUCCGUUGGGCCCCACGGGGAGAUUUUCCAACGGCAACACUGUUGUUGAUAUCAUCGCACAAAUGCUAGGGUUUAAGGAUUAUAUUCCCUCGUAUUUGACUGUUAAGGGCAACCAAAUACUAAGGGGAGUCAACUUUGCCUCUGCUGCUGCCGGAAUCCGACCAGAAACCGGCCUCAAUUGGGGCGACCGGUUUACCUUCGACGAGCAACUGACUAACUUCAAAAACACGGUGGAGCAACUCGAUGCCAUACUCGGGGGGCGAGAAGCGACAUUAAAUCACUUGGGCAAGUGCAUAUUCAUAAGCGGAUUCGGCAACAAUGACUUCCUCAACAACUACUUCUUGCCUGAAGUUUACAACACCCGUAAACUGUAUACGCUCCAACAAUACAUCCCCCUUCUCCUCAACCGAUAUACCGAGCAACUCAAGAUUCUGUAUACCUAUGGAGCUAGGAAGCUGGCUCUAGUGGGAGCAGGGCCGAUUGGAUGCAUCCCUUUCACGUUGGUUACGAGGAGUGAUGGCGUGAAAUGUGCGGACGACGAAAACCGAGCUAGCCAGAUGUACAACAGACAACUCAGAGCAAGGAUUGAUGUUUUCAACGCUAGAUUUCAUGGGGCGCAGUUUAUAUUGAUCGACGGUUAUAAUCACUUGAACGAUGUCAUCAAUAACGCCGAAGCCUAUGGUUAG